AGAGAGGCCCGCGGAGGAAGUGGGCCCAGCGAGCUAACAGUCAUCAGGAGGAGCGCGGAGUUCUCCGCUGAGAGUUGGACUAAGCUCCAUCAUGUGUGGGGACAUCAUUUUCUUAUCUCUUCUCUUCUGAACAUCAGUGUUGGUUAUUUCAGUCUCUUACCAGUGACUUCUGAUGACCUAGCAAAUAACACCACACACUGCAGUGCUGUGAAGAUACUCGCAAGGAUACAGAAGUGACUAGGUGACAGCAACAGAUUUGUUUUGUGUUCGUCUGGGUGACCCUGGAUAGGAGGGAUGCCUCCAGGCAGGUGCUAUGCUGCCCGCUCAGUGCAGAUGUCAAGGGAACACGGCCGCCUUCGUAUGGUAAAGAAGGAAGAAGAGGAGGAUGGCUGUAUUUCAGUGGAGACUGCCAGGCCGCAGACACUUAACCGCCCUGGCCAGGAGCUGUUCCGUCAGCUCUUCCGACAGCUUCGCUACCACGAAUCGUCUGGGCCCUUAGAAACUCUGAGUCGGCUCCAGGAGCUCUGCCGCUGGUGGAUGAGGCCUGAUGUUCUUUCCAAAGCACAGAUGUUAGAGUUGUUGGUGUUGGAGCAAUUUCUGAGCAUCCUGCCUGGAGAGCUCCGGGCAUGGGUACAACUCCAUUGCCCUGAGAGUGGUGCAGAAGUUGUGGCUCUGCUGGAAGAGCUGCAGAGAGAUCUUGAUGGGACAUCACUGAAGGACUCAUGCCUUACUCAGAACCCAGAUGUGCAUUGGAUAGGCACUGGAGCUCUGCAAGCUGCACAGAUAUGGUCCCCUGCAUCACAUCUCGGGAAGAGUUCUGCUCUAGAAGACUACUUGGAGACUCCACAUGGAAUAGGACAAACUGAUUCUCCUGCCGUCUCGAUGCCUGACUACUUCCAGAUAGAAGAGAGCAUAGAACACCAGGAAACUUUGACUUUCCAGGAUGUGGAGGUGACCUUCUCUCAAGAAGAAUGGGGAUGUUUGAACUCAGCUCAGCGCAAUCUUUAUCGGGAUGUUAUCCUGGAGAAUUAUGGGAAUGUAGUUUCUGUGGUGGGCUCUUCUCCCAAACCUGCUCUGAUCUCCUGGCUGGAAGCAAGAAAGCCAUGGGGCAUGAAUAUCUGCACAGUUCAGCUUAAGAGGGAACCUGAUGCUGCCCCUGAAGGAGGUAAGCUUCAAAUUGAGCCAAGCAAGUUCAUCUUGAAGCAGGAACCUUCAAAAUACACAGAAACCUGUGUAAAGCCAUCAGGAUGUCCUGCGACAAGUGCUUCUAAGGGAACGGGACUCAAAGAAUCUUUUGAACAGAAGAGUAGGCUACAAAAGUCCUGUGGGGAUUCCAUACAAAUGAAAGAGAUGAAGGAAGGAACUGACAUUAGUCAAAAGACAGGAAGAAAAUCUGAAAUAUUGAGAAACAAUGAUAUUCUUGAGUUAAAACAUGUUAAGUGUGUGAGUGUUUCUAGGAAAAAGCUAUCCUUUAAGCAUGGCUAUGACAGAAACUUCAGAAAAAGUUCACACCAUUAUAAUAAUAAAUAUGGGGAGGGGCUCAGAGACACGGUUGAGGGCUUUGGUGUAUAUCAGAAUACUGGACUGAAAGAGAAUGAGAAGGACAGAUGUGAGGAGACCUUAAGGAAGAGCUCCCAUUCCCAUCUUGAAUAUCAGAGAUAUUAUAGUCAAGGAAGCCUGUUUAAAUGCAGGGUGUGUGAGAAAGCCUUCAAGUGGCGAUCAAACUGUAUCCGACAUGAGAAAAUUCACACUGGAGUGAAGCCUUACAAAUGCAGUUCAUGUGAGAAAGCUUUCCAGCGUUUGUCAACCUACCGUCUGCACCAGAAAACCCAUACUAAACAGAAACAUGAAUCCAGGAAGUACAACAAUGCUCUCCCCUGCAGCUUGGAUGUCAGUCAUUGUUUGAUAAACCAGGAUGAGGAUAAAAACUUUUACUGUAGCCAGUGUGGGAAAUACUUUUCCUGUAGGUCCUAUGCUCUUGAACACCAAAGGAUUCAUACACAGGAGAAACCUUAUAAUUGUAUCAGAUGUAGGAAAACCUUUCGGUGGAAGUCAAACUUUACUCGUCAUAUGAAAUUACAUGGCAAAGAGGUCCGUAAUCAAGAGAGAUGUCAUGAAGACUUCAAGCAGAAUUAUAGUCAGUCUCAGGUUAUCUCUACUAUAGAGAAAACUUUCCUGUGUCAGAGUUGUGGGAAAACUUUUACUCAAAAGAAGUCACUCAUUGAGCACCAGAGGAUUCAUACAGGGGAGAAACUGUACCAGUGUAGUGGGUGUGGGAAAACAUUUGCCUCUAGGUCCUCUUAUAUUAUUCAUAUGAAGCGAAAGCGACAUGCUAUUAAAAUAAAACCUGAAAGUGGCUCUCUACCUUUUAGUCAGGAUACAGCAUUUGCCAUUCCUCAGAGUGGUCAUAAUACAGAGGAGCCUAAUCAGUGUAAAUACUGUGGCAGAGCCUUCCAUAAUCGCUCAUUUCUUCUCAUUCAUGAGAGAAUUCACACUAGAGAGAAGCCCUAUAAGUGCAGGGAGUGUGAAAAAGCUUUCCGAUGGAGGUCCAAUCUCUACCGACAUGAGAGAAAACACUUUUUGCACAAGCGGCGUAAGUAUCAUGAAAGUAAAGAGACUUCAAAUCUACAGUCAAAAAUCUUCAUUGAUGAGAAGCCCUUUUGGUGUCAAGAAUGUGGGAAAACCUUUACACGUAAAAGAAGCCUUUUAGAUCAUAAGGGAAUACACAGUGGAGAGAGACGCUUUAAGUGCAACUUGUGUGAAAAAUCUUUUGAUAGAAACUAUCGUCUUGUUAAUCACCAGAGGAUCCACACUACAGAGCAACCAUUUCAAUCUCAGUGGCAUGAUAAAGAUUUUGCUGGUACACAUGCCCAUUCUGUUGAUCAGAGAAAACACAGAACACUGCAGUCUGAAUAUAGCCUACAAUCAGAUAAGCCUGGCUUAUCCUACUGUCAGGAUGUAAGGGUAAAUAUUCAGGAAUUAGAACUAAGUGGAAAGAAGCCCCUUGAUAACCCUUCUCAUGAGAGUUCCAUGUCCACCGCAUUCCAGAAUGUGCCCACUAAGAAACCCUGCCACAAAUGUAGCACUUGUGGGAAAACAUUUAGGAAGCAUUCACAUCUCAUUAGCCACAAGAGAUGUCACACAAAAGAAAGGCCCUUCAAAUGCAUAGUGUGUGGGAAGACCUUCGGGUGGUCUUCCAAUUUGACUAGGCAUGUGAAAAGCCAUUUUAGAGAUUAGCCUGGGGUCUUUGAUGACAGUGGGGUGGGGAGUAGUUCCUGAUUACAUCUCUAGAGAACUUAAGUGGUAGGCACUGGGGAAACCUUUGUAAGGGCCCAGGCCUUUCUGGCUGGGAUGUUCUUGGUGUGGAAGCUUGAUGGUUUCAAAAUUCAGAGACACCUCAGUCUUACUGCUGAAAAGUGAUGUUGGUAAAGAACAGAAUGUUCUCUGGGGUCUUAUAGAGGUCCUGGCCCCUAGGUUUAUCCCAGGACUCUGUCAGCCAGGACUCCUUAGAUAAUUCUUGCUGUUUGUGAUUGGGAAGCAUGUCUGUAACCUAGUAAGCUGUGUCUGUUGGGAAGGGGCCAUUUCGUUCCCCAGUUCUUUAGUGUCGGCUUGUGUUGGUGCCUGUUCUGUUGACUUUAAGACCAAGAACUUACAUUCUCAGCUGUCUCCUAAAGAGCUUUGGCCUCAGUGUAUAAUAGAUUUUUGGUUAUUAGCUAUGGUCCUAAAGUAAUCUCAGAGGUGAGUGAAAUGGACAGGGUGCUGGGUUCCAUUGCAUGAUCUAGACAAGCAGCAUUAAUCCAUCAUUUCAGCUGAGAUAUAAGAGGAUUACCAUAUGCCAGUGACCAGAACCAAGUAAAGCCCUGCUGUUUUUGGAUCUAUAAGUCAAUAAAUGAGUUAGAUUGUAUUCUGGAUGAUAAUAUGUGUUGAGGACAAAGCAAUCCAGAGAAGAAUGGCAAGGAAUCUGGUUAGGCUGUGGAUUGUUAAACAAGUCCUGGAAGUCGUGUUGCUAACAGUAAACUAACUGGGACCAGGUUUUGGGAGGCAGUGGCAUCCCUGGGAAUUCCAAGACAGUUAGACAGGGCUACAUAGAGAAACCUUAUCUCAAAAAACAAACAAACAAACAAACAAACAAAAAACUCACCCCACCCCCAACCUAACAAACAAAAUCCCUAAUUGACCAAAAAUCUAUGUUGGAUUGGGAGGUGAGCCAUGUCGCUCUAUUGGGAAAGAAUACAAGACAGAUCUUGUCUGUAGGAUCUUGUCUGGACUUUAGUAGUCUUUGGGUGGAGUAACUUAGCUGUCUGAAGAAUGAACUGGAAGUCAGUCCUGGGACCAAGCUUUACAGAGGUCUUGUUCACACGCUAGUUAUAAGGAUGUUUCUGGUAUACCUCUUUGUUCAUAGUCAUGACUAUCCUGAACCUUUUCCUUUAAUCUCUCCUGCUCCCUUCUCUUUUGAGGACUGUGCUUAAUUGCUAGUGUAACCUGGGUUUCCAGUUAAUGCUUGCCACUGCAGCCUGACCAAGCACUUGGAAAAUCUAUGCUAGUGUGUUUAUGUUGACAGAUUUUGGAAAAACAAUCAAACAAAAAAUGCUGCUUCUCCAAUCUGGAAAAAUGAGUCUUCCUAGUACUUGUGUUGCUCUUGCCUGGGUUCAGUUCCUAGCAUCCACGUGCUGUUCACAAACGUCUACAUUCCCAGAGAAUCCCAUGCCCUGUUCUGAAUUAUGUGUGCACCGGAUGUGCAUGGCUCACAGACAUGCAUACAAAACACUCAUGUGAAAUACAUUUUAAAAAUAGCAUGAUUGUGUGUUUAUAUAUACAUAUAUUUCUAUAUCUGUAUUUAAAGUUGCCUCUCUGAAAGAAUCUAGUUCUGCCAAGUCAGGAGUAGAACUUUAAGUGGGUCUUGAUCAGACAGAUUGGGGAUACUUUAUGAAACAGGCCUUGAGUCAAGUAUUGAGAGUUGUACUUAAAAGUACACAGCUGCUAGGUCUGAGCCAAGUAAUUGAUGGUUUUGAGUAGUAGUAGAGUGUUGGUUGGCCGCUUCUCAUUGUCUUGGCAACCAUGUCUAAUCUUAUACUUGAACUUGGCCUGGAAAAUACUUCUUUGAACAUGGCCUUUCUCCACUGCCUGAGGAACUGAUUAGGGAUGGGCUGAGACCAUUAUGGAGUAAUGGAUAUCAGAUGGUCUUAAACCUGCCUAGUGUGAUCAGUUACAUCCCUACUGAAGGAUGUCAAACCACAGAGAAGAAACCAUGUGGACUUUCUUAGUAAUCUCUUAGAGAAGUUAUCUUUUGAAAACUUAAGUAUGAAGUGGGUGGAACAACUGGGAUUCAGACCCCCUUUUACAAAAGACGGGUUGCCAGGCAACUUGGAAAGACUUAUAAAAUUGUGUGUGCUAUUCAGUGGGUCCCGUUCUGGACCAACGUGAAGAAUGAUAAAUGUGAGUCAACUCACGACAACAGUGUUUAGCUAGUGGGCCAGCAGAAUCCUGUUUGCCAUUAGCAGAACAGACCGUGCAGAGGUGUUUGGUAGUUCAGAAAGAGCGUAAAGCUCAGUGUGGUGGUUCACACUGUAGUCCUAAUGUGGGGUGCAAGAGGCCACAAAGCCACUUGGGGAUAAAGGAUAAAAAGAUACUAUUCAAGCACCUACCACACACAAAACGAGAAUUAUAGCAAACGUGGAAGACUUCUGUCCUCCAACUCAGAAAAUUACGCUGAGCUGCAGAAGCUGUACAUAAUACUCCAUUUAUAUGAAUUUUAAGCACGUUCAAAGUGCUCACAUCACUUACACUGGUUUGGGUUUCAUUAUUCUGUAUGUGGGAUAGAGUUCUAACCUCAUAGGGCGGUGGUGGGGACAGUAAUGAAAUGCAUGUGUGACGUUGGAAUAGUGUCUGUCAUAUAACCAUUCCUAAUGUACAAGUUAAUAUUUUGCACAAUUUUCUGUGGAUUCAAAGACAUGACAUAAGCGUGUACACUCAUGAAAUGGGAUGGUAUAGGCAUACUGCUCCAUGUUCUGUGGGUUCCAGAUGCUCGUGAUACCAGAAGGGAAAUGUUCUUCACUUGUUUUUCUAAUCAUUGAUGUAGAUACAACAUAAAGUUACGAUUUAACAGAAUAAUAUGGUGACUUCUUUCAACUGUUAAAAGUCAAAAUAAACAAAAAUUAAUGAUGGCCUCUGA